AUGACUUCUAAAUCUAGAGAAUCAGUUUCAUUCAUUAAAGGUUUACAUAGAAAUAAACUAAGAACUAUCGAUGCCCGUGAAAUUCCUUUAUAUAAAAGACCUUUAUAUAUAGGAAAAUUAGGGUCCUUUAUAUUAAAAGUACAAGGAGAUGCAGUAAAAACCAGUUCUAGAACUAGUGUGUUUUUUCAAGGGAUCUAUGGCUUGAAGCCAUCUUUCAUCAAGUUUUAUAAAGACGAUGGGGUAAAAGAAAAUGAAAUUAAAAUCCUUCUAAUUCUUGGGGAUGUCCCUUUUAUUUCAAAAGACACUGUUUUUCAAAAUUAUUUGGGGAACUAUUUAAGAAAAGAGGGUUUAGAAUUAAAACAUCUUGCUCGUGUAGACUUGGUUAUUCAAAUUGCCUGUGCCAUUAAAUACCUACACGAAAAAGGUAUUCUUCACUGUAAUAUUUCAUCUGAUACUGUUUGGUUAAAUGGUUCUUUAAUUCAACUUGCCGAAUUUGGAGUUUCAAAGGUAACUGGUACCCAAGAUCAAAACAAUAUUUUGGAAAGUUCUUUAUACUUGGAUCCCAGAGCCAAAGAAUCAAAGAAUUAUUCGAUCAAAAGCGAAACUUACUCUUUUGGGGUUCUUAUGUGGGAGGUAAUGACCUCCAAACCCCCAAUCCCAUAUAUUCUCGAAAAUAAGAGAGAUUAUUGGUUAGAGUUAGUUUCAAGUGGUGUCCGUUUACCUCUAACCGGUAUUCAAGAGGAGGUUGCCGCCUUAAUUGAUGAUUGCUGGGGUGAUGAACCACCAUCUUUUGGUGAAAUUAUUUUAAAGCUUAAAUCAAUUUAUAAAAAAUCUUGUAAUUUAACAAUUGAAUAA